AGGCAAUGGUCACUAAACUCUGCUUCCAGACUCGCCGCUGCGUUUCAGCGCUAUGUUUUUCGUAUCGCCUAAAACCGUAGCGUUGUGCAUCUCCCUCUUCAUCUCUGUCCAGACAAACCUAUUGAUCAUCAUUUCGUUGAUACAUCAUCGUCCAGAAUAAAAUCCCUAGUGUUAGCAUUCUAACCUUAAAAAUAAUCGGUUUCGUGUUAAAAAAUGAAGACGUUCAUGAUUUUUUUAAGCAUCUUUUUGUUGUUAAAUACAAAUUUCAUAAAUGAAUCUACAGCGACAACACAGAAAUCAUGGCGUGACAAGGAUAUAACUGAUAUGAACGAUGCAGAUUUGGAACACUUAUUGGAAGAAUGGGAGAAAGACGAUGAACCCCUAGAACCAGAUGAACUUCCAGAACAUCUUAGACCAAGUCCUAAGAUAGAUUUAUCACAGAUAGAUAUGUCAAAUCCUGAUAAUGUGUUAAAAAUGACCAAAAAAGGAAAGGGUGUAAUGAUGUUUGUUGAUGUCUUAGAAGAGCUUUCAGAGGAAGAAGCUGACGUUGUAAUGAAAAUAUGGCAGAGCAGUCUCCAUAAUAAUCACAUCAUAGCAGAAAGGUAUCCUAUUGAUAAAAAGAGGUCUGUGUACUUAUUCCCGGAAGGCUCGCAAGCCAUUGAUGCUAAAAAUUAUUUGAUAGAACAACCUGAAUUAUCACAUAUUACUUUAGAAGGUCAAAUGUAUCAUGGCAAAAAUUCCAAAGCAAAGACAGCCGACACUGGAGCACAAAAUGUACUAAACACUAAACCUAAGAAAAAAAAUAAAAAGAAAUCUGAAUUGUAAAUUUAUUAAAGAAAAUGUUUCUGUAAUA